CACCCAAAUACUCGGAGGAGUAGAAACGGUGUACAAAGUAGAAAUACAAACUUAAAAUCAGUGGAGUGGCGCUUAAAAGUUUCCAACCGUGGAAGACCCCUCCUCUAGCCAUUCCACACCAAGAUUUCCCGCUCGGCCGCUCCGUGCAUGGCUUCAUCGUCCAUUUCUCUGCAAAAUUUCGACGACGAUAAUGGAUUUGACUGGGAAGCUGCUGUGAGGGAGAUCGACGUGGCUUGUGAGGCCACAGCGGCUGCUGUCUCCGUCAAUGAGACUUUGUAUUCUUCUUCUGAUGGCGUUUCGACCUCCGCCCAAAUCAAGAAAACGCUUACAAAACCCAAUGGUGGUGCUCCUGCUUCUGCCAGGCAGUCGACGCUUGAUAAAUUUCUGGGAUUUUCGCCUAUGGCUAAGAAUGCAGAGCCCAAUACCCACUGUUCCAACCUUUCUGGAAUUAUAAAUGAGAAAGAUUUUGAUAAUGAGGGUGAUGAAAGGGUUUGCUUUGUUCCACUCGAUCUAGAGGCCGCCAAAACUUGGAUUUAUCCAGCAAACCUUCCCCGUCGGGAUUAUCAGUUUGAAAUUACGAGGACCGCACUAUUUUCCAAUACCUUGGUGGCACUACCCACUGGACUCGGAAAAACAUUCAUUGCUGCUGUUGUAAUGUACAAUUAUUUCAGGUGGUUUCCAGAAGGAAAAAUUGUUUUUGCAGCUCCUUCUAAGCCACUUGUUAUGCAACAAAUUGAAGCAUGCCAUAACAUUGUAGAUAUACCGCAGGAGUGUGCAAUUGAUCUUACAGGUCAAACCAGUCCUACUAGAAGAAAAAGCUUUUGGAAAGAAAAACGAGUUUUCUUUGUUACUCCGCAAGUGCUGGAGAGGGACAUCCUUUCUGGUAUAUGCAUGGUGAAACAUCUAGUUUGCUUGGUGAUUGAUGAGGCUCAUCGUGCUACUGGGAAUUACUCUUAUUGUGUAGUAGUUCGUGAGUUGAUGGCUGUUCCUGUACAACUCAGAAUUUUGGCUCUAAGUGCAACACCAGGAUCUAAACAGCAGGAUGUCCAACAUAUUAUUGAUAAUUUACAAAUAACUACACUAGAAUAUCGUGAUGAAAAUGACCGAGAUGUGCUCCCUCAUGUGCAUGACCGGAAGAUAGAACAUGUAAAGGUUGCCAUGGGACAAGAUGCUGAUGAAAUUAAUAAUCUGCUGUCAGAUGUAAUAAGGCCAUUUGCUGGACGGCUUUCGGUGUUGGGAUUACUUCAGAAUAGAGAUUUUCAGAGAUUCAACCCGUGUGACAUACUUGAUGCACGGGCCAGAUUCCGUAGAGACCCACCAAAGAACAUUCCUCAAGUAAAGUAUGGAGAUGUGGAAGGAUACUUUGGAGUCCUUUUGACACUUUAUCAUCUUCGGAAACUACUCUCAAGCCAUGGAAUAAGGCCUGCAUUUGAGAUGCUUGAUGAAAAGCUGCGACAGGGGCAGUUUGCUCGACUAGUGAGUAGAAACGAAGAUCUUUUGAAAGCAAAACUUCUAAUGCAGAAAACUGUAGAUCAUGGAGCUCCUAAUCCAAAACUGUCAAAAAUGCUGGAAAUACUAAUUGAUCAUUUCAAAAUGAAUGAUCCCCAAAAUUCAAGGGUUAUCAUUUUUUCAAAUUUCAGAGGAAGCGUCAGGGACAUUAUGGACGCAAUUGCAAACAUUGGACCGUCUAUAAAGGCAACUGAAUUCGUAGGGCAAAACUCAGGAAAAACAUUAAAGGGUCAGUCACAAAAAGUUCAACAGGCUGUUCUUGAGAAAUUUCGAGCUGGUGGGUAUAAUGUCAUUGUUGCAACAUCGAUUGGAGAAGAAGGCCUAGAUAUAAUGGAAGUUGAUCUAGUUAUUUGUUUUGAUUCUAAUCUCUCUCCAUUGAGAAUGACUCAGCGGAUGGGGAGGACAGGGAGAAAGCAUGAAGGACGAGUUGUGGUUUUAGCUUGUGAAGGGCCAGAACUCAAAGGAUUUCUGCGAAAACAAGCAACAAACAAGGUGUUAGGAAAACUUAUGGCAAAUGGGGGAACAAAUACAUUUAGGUUUCAUUCCAGCCCUAGGAUGAUUCCACAUGCCAUCAGACCAGAAGUUCAACAUGUUAAGCUUUUGAUCGAAGCAUUUGUUCCUCGUGGAAAGAAGUCAAAAGAUGUCCUCCAUGUUCAGAGUCCUGUACUGCAAAAUGAACUUAGUGACAAAGAAAUCAAUUUGCUUGCAAAAUAUUUCAGCAGCAAUGGAGAGAGCUUGUGGAGGCCGUCAUUAAUUGCAUUCCGUCAUUUCCAGGCAUUUCCGUCUAGGGUCCAUAGCGUAUCACACUCACUUAGAACGGAGAUGCUAAUAGAUGCAAUGCAGCAUUUGGAAGGUUUAUCAUGUUCCGGUGAUAUCAAAGCUUCAAGCCAGGCUGAAACUUCUAGAGAUCUGUGUACGAGAGGUGAAACUGCAGAAGCAUAUGAAAAUGGUGAAGCUGCAGAAACAUAUGAAGAUUUUAAAGCUGCACAACUAUAUGAAAAUGGCGAAGCUGCAGAACCAUAUGAAAAUGGUGAAGAUCUGAAGACGUUCAGCUGUUCGCCUAAAGAGGAUUGUGGGAGAGAAUUAUUAGAAAAUGUUAAGUCUCCUGCUCCCGUGAAAACAAUAGCUGAAACAAUGACUUCUGUGAAUGAAUUUACUGGGAGGACUUCCCAUGCCCAUCUGUCUCUAUUCGAGUCAGAGCUUGUGAAGGUUGAUAAUCUAGGAAAUGUCCUAGUCUCAUCGGUCCCACAACUUUCAACCAAAGCAGCUUCUGAGUCUAAAUGCGUGGAUGCUGCUGCCUUGCCGUCAAAGCUGUCAACAGAAGAUGUUAUGGUGGUAUCCAGAUUAUGCAAUGAUGUGGAUGAAUGUCAAGAAGAUGGUUCCCAAUCAGAAAGAGUUCCUGAAACUCCUUUUUCCCAGGUGGAAUCAAAAGAUGUUAGUGUUGGGGAGCAUCCUGAAGCAAUAAUAACAGAUAGUACAGACGUGUCACUAAAUGAAGAAUUGAGCUCUGACUCCGAAGAUGUGGAGGCACAUAGUCCACGGCUAACCAAUUUUAUCAUGAGUGGUGUUGUUCCAGAGUCUCCCAGAAGCAGUCCAGAGAGAGAGAAGGAUGAAGGAAAGAAGCUGAGUUCUGAAAGCAUAAUGGGGCCCUUGAAGCACGAUAAACAGGCUGUCCAUUGUUGUACUGGUGGGGAAGAAAGUCUUCCUUCACACAUUGUUAAAACUAUAACUCCUUUACAAAAAGAGGUUGGAGCAAGAGCUCCCACGUCUUCCCAUUCAAUCAUUAUUUGUGGUAAUCGAACUCCUUUUGCAAAGCUGUCAAGCCCAACCUGCAGCAAAGACUGGCUUUUGGAAUCUCAACACUUGCCAGAAAGAGUUUGUGAAAAGAACAAACUUAGAAGGCUACGCAAGCUAGGUGAUUUUUUUACGAAAACUUCUCCAGAGUGUGCAAGACAAAAUAAUAUGUCUCCCAAAAAACGGGCUAGCUCUUGUUUUACAGCCAACAGGGUUGUAUCCAGGAGGAAACACAGAGGUAAGAUGAAACAAGCAACAGAUGCCAAGGCAUUUAUAGAAGUGGAAGCCGAGGUUUCUUCAGAAGGCUUGGUAUCUGAUGAUGAGGAAGAAGAGGACUGUAACUCAUAUGAUGAUAGUUUCAUUGAUGACCGGAUAAGUCUUACUGCAGUAGACACACAAGCUGACUCUUGUAGAAUGGACAUGAUGGCAGUUUACAGGCGAUCUUUACUGACUCAAUCACCUGUGGAGCUGUUGCCGAAAGCUUCCAGAUUUCAUAGUCCAGAUAAUGCUCUUCCAAGGAGUGUGACAAAUUUAACUUCAAGCUCAUCGGGAACAAUGAAUCACCAAACACCCCAAACAGGCUUAGAGUCUACAACUCGAAGUUCAGAAGCCAUGUCAUGUGGAACUGCUGCAUGUUCGCUGGGAGAGAAAGAGGGCAAGGUGGGGAGCCGAAAACGAAAAUUUAGCUUUAGUGAAACUAGUCCACUACCUGCACGGAAUUUGGAGAGUGAUUUCUGGAUGAAUCAUGGAGCAGGAGGCAGAAACUCACCCCUGCCGCCAGUGGAAGAGCGCAGUGAAAAAGAAAAUAGGGAUUUAUUUGAUGAUGAUGAUGAUUUUCUUAACGGUAUUGAUCUUGAUGCGGUUGAACAAGAGGCUGCCAAAAUGCUUCAGCUCAAAUCACAAAACUCAGUUCACAAUCAACCCACAUCAAUAUCCAUUCCUCAAAACAUUGGCAUUAGUGAUUUUCCUUCCUUUGAUCUUGGUUUUUAAAUUUUGACUACAAUUAUCACAGUAGAGUAGCAGUUUCUAUACACCCCUCUUGUACAUAACUUAUUCUAUAAGUCAAUUUUAACACCAAUUGUACAGAAAUGAAAGUUUUGGAUGUGUCUUUUAUCUACUACACUGCAGAAAUCAAAGUUUUUUCUUAAGUACAUUUUUGUAAACUGUAACUUGAUAAUGGGUAGGUGAUAAUUGUAGAA